GUUAGUGGAAGGACUGUCCAGUUUUGGAGAAGUACUAUCGAACUAAUAGGUAGCCUACUCUAGAAACGUAUUUCUAAAAAGUCCUAGAUGGGUUUAAAUCAUGCCUCGGAUAUCUAUGGAAUAGAAGACAAUUAUCUACUCCGACGCUAAGAAAUUCGACAAAGAAACGUGCCGAGAAUACCACGAACCAGUCAAAGAUGUCUGUGAGCAAUCAUGAGAACCGGAAGUCGAGGUCGAGCUCGGGCUCGAUGAACAUCCAUCUCUUCCACAAGACGUCCCACGCUGACAGCCUGCUGACACACCUAAACCUGCUCCGCAAGCGGCGGGUGUUCACGGAUGUGGUUCUGCAGGCGGGCAACCGGGCCUUCCCUUGCCACCGGGCCGUGCUGGCGUCGUGCAGCCGCUACUUCGAGGCCAUGUUCAGCGGCGGCCUGAAGGAGAGCCGCGACGCCGAGGUCAACUUCCACGACUCGCUGCACCCCGAGGUGCUGGAGCUGCUGCUGGACUAUGCCUACUCCGCCCGCGUCAUCAUCAACGAGGAGAACGCCGAGUCGCUGCUGGAGGCCAGCGACAUGCUGCAGUUCCACGACAUCCGCGAGGCCUCCGCCGAGUUCCUCGAGAAGAACCUGCACCCGUCCAACUGCCUGGGCAUGAUGCUGCUCUCCGACGCCCACCAGUGCCAGAGGCUGUACGAGCUCUCCUGGAGGAUGUGCCUGGCCAACUUCGCCACGCUCUACCGGACGGAGGACUUCCUGAACCUGCCCAAAGACAAGAUCCAGGAGCUGAUAUUCAGCGAGGAGCUGGAGGUGGAGGACGAGAGCUUGGUGUACGAGGCCGUCAUCGACUGGGUGAAGGCGGACAUGGACCGGAGGCACAGCGACCUGCCGGAGCUGCUGCGCUGCGUGAGGCUGGCCUUGCUGCCGGAGACCUACCUGCUGAAGAACGUGGCCUCGGAGGAGCUGGUCAUGGGACACAAGGUGGGCAGGGAGAUCGUGGAAGACGCCGUCCGCUGCAAGAUGAAGAUCCUGCAGAACGACGGCGUGGUGACCGGCUUCUGCGCCCGUCCGCGGAAGGUCAGCCAAGCGCUGCUCCUCUUGGGAGGCCAGACGUUCAUGUGCGAUAAGGUCUACAUGAUCGACCACAAGACCAAGGAGAUCACCCCCAAAACAGACAUCCCCAGCCCUCGGAAGGAGUGUAGCGCGUGUGCCAUCGGCUGCAAGGUGUACGUCACGGGCGGGAGGGGGUCUGAAAACGGGGCGUCAAAGGACGUGUGGGUGUAUGACACGCUCCACGACGAGUGGUCCAAAGCUUCUCCCAUGAUGGUGGCCCGGUUUGGACACGGCUCGGCAGAACUCGAUCACAAUCUGUACGUUGUUGGGGGACACACGUCUUUGGCUGGAUCCUUUCCAGCUUCUCCGUCGGUCUCGCUGAAACAAGUGGAACAGUACGACCCGCAGGCUAACAAAUGGACGUUGGUGGCCCCGCUCCGUGAGGGGGUUAGCAACGCAGCCGUGGUCGGCGCCAAGAACAAACUCUUUGCCUUUGGAGGCACGAGCGUCAACAGAGAGAAAUACCCCAAGGUGCAGUGCUUCGACCCGUGCGAGAACCGGUGGACCGUGCCCGCCAUGUGCCCGCAGCUGUGGCGCUACACGGCCGCCGCCGUGGUCGGCAACCAGGUGGUGGUGAUCGGCGGGGACACCGAGUUCUCGGCCAGCUCGGCGUACCGCUUCAACAGCGAGACGUACCAGUGGUCCAAGUUCGGGGACGUGACCGCCAAGAGGAUCAGCUGCCACGCGGUGGCCUCGGGCAACCGCCUCUACGUGGUCGGGGGAUACUGCGGGGUACAGAGGUGUAAGACACUGGACUGUUACGACCCCUCCACGGACACAUGGGACAGCGUCACCAGUGUGCCCUACUCCCUCAUCCCCACCGCCUUUGUCAGCACCUGGAAGUACCUCUCAGCAUAACACGGAGGAUCCUUUUUUCAUCUGAUCGUCGGCCGCGAUUGGAAUGUCGGUGUGUGUCUCCCCUCGCCGACUGUGGAAUGUCGAGGGGAUUGCAGGGGGUGGCGCGAUGGGAAGGGGG